GCUGCAUACAUUGCUGUAGUUGUCUGCCAGCAAUCGCUCCGAUUGCCGUGUGCUAUAGUAAUUAUCACGAUACAUCUUAACUAAACUACAUAUUUUGAUAAAACCAUGACAUACAACGGAAGCUGUUAACUCUUUCUCACAGUGAAAUUCGUGUUUUAGCAUUAAAAUGUGAAGAUUUUUGAAUAUUCAAUACACUUUCUUGUUGUGAACGAAAUAAAUCUCGUCGUUUACCGUAGUUUACAACUUACUCGAAUCGUUUAUUUGAUUCGCACAUAAAAUAUAACUAUGCAACAAUGUGGAUUUUGUUCAAUGUUGUCGGGAUUGUUAAGAAGAGCCAUGUGUAUAAGCAGCAGACGAGGCAGUAGCGAGUCUUACUACCGAGAGCUCGGCGAUCAAGAGACAUUGAACAUUGAGGACAGGUCCUCGAUACUCUCUGACGAUUCGGAAGAAAUAAUUCAAGAAGUCCCAGUGCUGGUAACUCGAGUUGACGUCAAUGAAAUGAGAAUAAUGAAGAAGCCGAGUGUGUGUACCGGCCGGUUUCUGACGAUGCACAAGCGACGCAAGAAGCGCCUUGUGACCAGAUCGCUGCGCCUGGAAGCCGCUCUUCUCGAUGACCUGCAGUAUGGACAAGUGCAGUGUAUCCUCAAACAGUCAGUGACGUGGAAGUUCAAUGCCUUUACGUUAGAAAACGUCUCCGGUGGGCGUUGCUUGCCCGUGUUGUGCGUGCAUUUGUUCCACGUCUACGGCCUGAUAUCGUACUUCAAGCUGGACGCCGCCAAGACAUGGAGGCUGUUCACCAUGAUCGAGGAGGGAUACCACAGCAAUAACCCGUACCAUAACUCGAUCCACGCGGCUGAUGUCACACAGGCUAUGCACUGCUUCUUGCAGCAGAAACAGAUUCGUAAUUAUUUAGAGCCCAUCGAGAUAAUGGCGUCCCUGCUGGCCGCCAUCGCACACGAUAUGGACCACCCUGGAGUCAACCAGCCUUUCCUGAUCGCAACAUCUAACCAUCUCGCCGCUUUGUAUCAGAAUACGUCUGUUUUGGAGAACCAUCACUGGCGAGCGGCUGUUAGUUGCAUCAUCGAGAGUGGACUUCUGGAAGUGCAGGAAAUUCGCGUCAAGGUGGAACGUCAAAUCAGCUCUCUUAUCCUGGCUACCGACAUCACCAGGCAACAAGAGUUCUUAAGCCAGUUCAAGACCUAUUUGGACAACAACACCCUCGACAUGAGGAACAGCGAUCAUCGGCACCUUGUGCUACAAAUUGCACUAAAAUGCGCCGACAUAUCCAACCCAUGCCGGCCAUGGGAGAUCAGCAGGAAGUGGAGCCUGAAGGUGUGCGAGGAAUUCUUCCGCCAGGGUGACUACGAACGCAAACUCAAUCUACCAGUGACCGCGCUUUGUGAUCGCCAUACUACUUCGAUACCAAAGAUUCAGACUGGAUUUUUCAAGUACGUAGUAACGCCUCUAAUCACCGAAUGGCAUCGUUUUCUACAAAACGACCUCUCCGCGCAAAUGUUGGAGAAUCUUGCAUACAAUCAAACCAAGUGGGAGUCAUUUGUUGUACAAGAGAUAGCCGAAGAGACUAAGACGGAAAUAUCUGAAGCGGACAUGGUCGAUGAUGAUUUGGAAACAUGUUCCGGAACCAAUAUAUCGGACAGCCAAGAAUUUCUGAUGCCACUAAGGCGAAGCUCUUUAAAUCCCGUCAAACCGAUUGGCUUGAAAGAACAACUGCGCCGUUUCUCUGUGCCACUUAAUGUGUUCCAAGAUACUCGGUUCAAGAUCAAAGAGCGCAGUGGAAUCGAAAGUACUGUGGGUAGUCUGCACUCAAUCAACUCGCAAGUAAGCGUGCGAUCUCAAAUCGAACACACUGAUUCAGCUGAGAAAGUUCUAAGCACAGAGAAACUUCUGCCCGAUCUGUCGAUAGCCUCUAUCACUACGCCCAUGCAAGCAACUCGGCUUAACACCGUGAUCAAAGAAGGCGGAACCUGGAAAUUGGUGAGGCAGCAGACAUUCCCUCCGCUGGAGACCGUUGCUCGAACCCACGCUCUUUUAAGCCGCCCAAUGCACACGAGCAACGAGGAAGCCAUCUAUCCAUCUCGUAAUACAACUGAAUUUGCGCUGACUUUGGAAGAAAGGCUAAACAACUUAUUCAAGGGUACCACAGAUGCUACUAACGUAGGCACGAUUGACGAUUCUGACAGCCGACUAAGGGAGAGUUUUAAACUAACGGUCAAGCCGUCUUCGGGUGCCUCCCGUCGAGAUUCUGCCACCGUGGGCAGUCAACUGCGUGACAAUUUGUCUGCGGUACAGCUUAGCUCGUCUGAACAACUGCUUCGUCGUAGGAAAUCCAUGCCGAACGACGCUAUUGCCUACUCUCCAAAAGAGAAAAAGAUGCGUGAAAUUAUACCUCAGCUGCUGCGUCGCACGCUCUCUAGCAAGGAUUGCUGGUCUCGCCGCCGCGGGUCAGCUCCAGCCCCAGUGGCGCCCUCCGAGCUGCGGGGUCUAACAUCACUAGGAGCCUUGCGUCACAGCGUAAACGGAGGCAGGCGAAAGCCGGGUGCCAUCGGUACUUGCCAACAGUGGCUCGCUAAAGCGACAUACAGCGUCCAGGAACGCACGAUGCAACAUCUGCCACGCAGGGCCUCUUUGCCCGUUGAGGUGAUUACAGGUAUAUAAUACCUCUGAACAGCCAAAAACCAAUGAAAAGAAGUAAAUACAUAAAUCGCGCCUGCAUUGUAUGCGCGGUUAAUGUUUCACGGAAUCGACAAAAUUCUCUCGGAAAUAUAUAAUUAAUUAAGAAGAGACAUGACAUGAGGAUAUAACAGUUACGGUGACAGUGCCCUCUAGCGAGUACGCGUACUAGGGUUGGUCCCUUGCGUGUGCUUCGUUAGUGCCCUCUCACGACUAUACACUGUACCGUUGCAGCGGCACGCCAGCGUUCACAAGCGCUAGUGCUGCCAUCUCAAUGGUUGUAGAGCUGGUCUUGCAACCCGUGACGUCACACGACCGAGCAGAAAUUAUAUUUCCUUAAGAUUUUUUCUAAGUUUUAGUACAAAUUGUUUUCUAUAAACAGCGAUGAUUUUUUUUUGUGUUUGUUAAGUAUUUAUUAAUUUAGUAUAUCUCUUUCUUGACUAACUUAGGUUUAGUUUCUUUACCUUGUUCGAGUUGGCUGAGGGCCACGAAGUCGUCGCUAACGGACACGACCCAGCAUUCAAAGCGAAUGCCAAAUUUUAAAAACAAGGAGUAGAGUCUCAUAAUCAAUAACUUUUAGUAUUUGAAAGUUAUAUAGUCAUAGUUUUAAGCUCUUCUGUUUAAGAUCUUAUUCAAACGCCCUUUUGGCGUUCAACUAUGAAGUAUAUUUAUUACUAUUCGUGUUAUAUUACUAAAUUCAGUAUUACCAAUAUUAAAAAAUAAAUCAUUCAAAAAAAAAAAACAUAAUGACGAUUAACAAUUUAUGGACUUACCGUCGC